AUGGCCGAUUCCCUGACCGAAGAGCAAGUCUCCGAGUACAAGGAGGCAUUCUCCUUGUUUGACAAGGAUGGCGAUGGACAGAUCACCACCAAGGAGCUGGGCACUGUCAUGCGCUCCCUCGGCCAGAACCCCUCCGAGUCUGAGCUGCAGGAUAUGAUCAACGAGGUCGAUGCCGAUAACAACGGUACCAUUGAUUUCCCUGAGUUCCUCACUAUGAUGGCCCGUAAGAUGAAGGACACCGACUCCGAGGAGGAGAUUCGCGAGGCGUUCAAGGUGUUCGAUCGCGACAACAACGGCUUCAUCUCUGCUGCCGAGCUGCGCCACGUUAUGACUUCCAUUGGCGAGAAGCUGACUGACGAUGAGGUGGAUGAGAUGAUCCGUGAGGCGGACCAGGACGGUGAUGGCCGGAUUGACUACAACGAGUUUGUCCAGCUCAUGAUGCAAAAAUAA